AUGCUACAUGACGGUUUCCGCCUUCACCGCCGACUGGAUAACGCUUUGGUGAGUCCAGUCUAGUGGAAGAAGGAUGGAGACUUUGAUUCCCACCAUCAACCGUCUGCAGGAGGUUUUCCUCACAGUGGGCGCUGACGUCAUUCAACUUCCUCAAAUUGUAGUGGUUGGAUCUCAGAGCAGCGGCAAGAGCUCCGUGUUGGAGAGUCUGGUGGGACGUGAUUUCUUGCCUCGAGGAUCAGGGAUAGUUACCAGAAGACCUCUGGUGUUGCAGCUGGUCAACGUGGCCCCGCUGGAGGAGCGACUGAAGACUGACAAUGGAAACGAUGUUAAACACACUGGCCAAAACAGCUAUUCAGGUGUCAAAGCUGAAGAAUGGGGCACAUUCCUGCACUGCAAGAAUCAGAUUUUCACUGAUUUUGGGGAAAUUCGUCGUGAAAUCGAAGCAGAGACGGAAAGGACUUCAGGCAAUAACAAGGGGAUUGCUCCUGAGCCGAUACAUUUGAAGAUUUUUUCCCCAAAAGUCCUUAAUCUCACCCUGGUUGAUCUACCUGGGAUAACAAAGGUUCCUGUUGGAGAUCAGCCCGAGGACAUUGAGUCGCAAGUUCAGGAGAUGAUCUUGUCCUUCAUCUCCAAUCCCAACUCCCUCAUCCUGGCCGUGUCCCCGGCAAACUCGGACUUGGCCACCUCUGAUGCCCUGAAAUUGGCUCGCGAGGUCGAUACAGAUGGUCGACGGACUCUGCUGGUGGUCAGCAAGCUGGACCUGAUGGACGCGGGGACAGACGCUCUGGAGGUUCUUCUUGGUCGGGUCAUUCCAGUCAGGCUCGGAAUCAUCGGGGUGGUUAACAGGAGCCAGCAUGACAUCAACACUCAGAAGAGCCUGCAGGACUCCAUGAAGGAUGAGCAGGUCUUUCUGCAGCGUCACUACCCUUCGUUGGCCUCCCGAUCCGGCUCUCGCUAUCUGGCCAAAACGCUCAGUAGACUGCUCAUGCACCACAUCCGGGACUGCCUGCCGGACCUCAAGACCCGUGUGACUGUGCUCAGCGCCCAGUACCAGGCGCGCCUCAACAGCUAUGGCCAGCCGGUGGAGGACCACAGCGCCACCCUUCUGCAGAUUGUCACCAAGUUCGCUAGCGAUUACUGCAACACCAUCGAGGGAACGGGCCGCUACAUUCAGACCUCUGAGCUCUGCGGAGGAGCCCGGAUCUGUUACAUAUUCCACGAAACAUUCGGCCGCACCUUGCAGUCCAUCGACCCGCUGGGAGGACUGACCGAGCUGGAUGUCCUCACUGCCAUCCGCAAUGCCACCGGUCCACGACCUGCACUUUUUGUCCCAGAAGUUUCCUUCGAGCUGCUGGUGAAGCGUCAAAUCAAGCGUCUGGAGGAGCCCAGUCUACGUUGCGUAGAGCUGGUCCACGAAGAGCUGCAGAGGAUCAUUCAGCACUGCUCGUCCUUUAGCACGCAGGAGCUUUUGAGAUUCCCCAAACUGCAUGACUCCAUUGUGGAAGUUGUGACUGGAUUACUGAGGAAGCGCUUGCCGAUUGCCAAUGAAAUGGUGCACAACUUAGUAGCAAUAGAGCUGGCCUACAUCAACACCAAGCAUCCAGACUUCACAGAUGCAGCACAGGUCUCAGCAUCUGUCAACAGCCAGCAGGCAGAGACCCUUGAUGGAAAGCGCUGGAAGAAUGAGAAGGUUGCUGAGGAGAAAGUCCCAGCUGCAGGCUUUGGCAGUCCCAGCAAAGGCCAGCCUAUUAACCUUCUUGACACAGCGGUCCCCGUGUCUCGCAAGCUGAGUGCGAAGGAGCAGAGGGACUGUGAAGUCAUCCAGCGGCUCAUCAAGUGUUAUUUCCUCAUCGUUCGCAAGACCAUCCAAGACAACGUCCCCAAGAGCGUCAUGCACUUCCUGGUCAACUUUGUGAAAGAGCAUCUCCAGAGCGAGCUGGUGGGUCAGCUCUACAAGCAGCCGCUGCUGCAGGAGCUGCUCAUCGAGUCGCAGGACACGGCACAGCAGAGGACAGAGGUGGCGCAGAUGCUGGAGGCCCUUAAAAAAGCCAAUAACAUCAUCUCUGAGAUCAGAGAGACCCACCUGUGGUAGCCAGAGGACACACACCCUCUUUUGCCUGGACCUCAUCUGUAUGUGUGUGUGUGUGUGUGUGUGUGUGUGUGUGUGUGUGUGUGUGUGUGUGUGUGUGUGUGUGUGUGUGUGUGUGUGUGUGUGCGCGCGCGUGUGUCAGUAGCCCCACUGUCUCCUGGACCAAUGAGCAUAGCACAUUUAGGCUCCACGCUCGCCCUCAGCAGGGCUUCUCACUCAGGCCACAUCACUUCAAUGUGAACAAACUCCUUUUGUCAUGUUACACGCUAACAACAUGUGGAAAAUGUAUGUUUCCCGGCUGUCCGUGUACAAAGCGGGGGUCGAGGAUCGAGGGAGGCAGUCCAAAGUCCAAAGGGGAAGUCGAGGCGCACAGCUCAAUCAUGGAAGACACGGGAAGCAUACGAUAACAGA